CUCCUAUUGGGAUCCAAUUGACCACUCACGUCGCUUGAUUCCGUUGCUUGAGCCCGUUGCCCGGACCAGCCCGAGGUUCCGCUUCCCCAGCUGACAACCUGUUCUUGAAUUUCGCUCUUCCUUCCCUCCUCUUUUUUACCUCUCAUCUCAGCAGUCGAGCCAUCGCCUCUGCCUCAACCUCCAAGAUCACAAUGGCCUCCACCCGUGUGCUCGCCUCGAGACUGGCCUCGCAGAUGGCCACAAAGGCUGCUCGCCCGGCCGCUCGCCCGGCCGCUCGCGUCACCAUUGCCAACUCCAGCAAGCGGACCAUGACCGUCGCCAGCAAGGCUUCUCCUCUCCAGGCCGUCAAGCGCCAGCAGAUGUCUUCCAUCAUCAAUGCCACCACUCGCCAGGCCUUCACUGUCCAGCGCCGUGCCUACUCCUCUGAGAUCGCCCAGGCCAUGGUUGAGGUCUCCAAGAACAUCGGCAUGGGCUCGGCUGCCAUUGGUCUGACUGGCGCUGGUAUCGGUAUCGGUCUCGUCUUCGCUGCCCUCCUCAACGGUGUUGCCCGCAACCCUGCCCUUCGUGGCCAGCUGUUCUCCUACGCCAUUCUGGGUUUCGCCUUCGUCGAAGCCAUCGGUCUCUUCGAUCUCAUGGUUGCCCUCAUGGCCAAGUUCACCUAAACGCAUCCUAUCCAUCUUCGGACGGGACUGGCGGCGGCGCCUCGUUGGGAGCGGUCGAUCGCCUGUACAUAUUGGAGAUCAGGGGACGACUUGGGAGGGGUGUGUACGAGAGGUUCAUGGUCCUAUGCGAUUCCAGCACAUCGCACAGACUAUUGAGACGGGCGGAAGUGUGCAUGGGAUAAUGGCGGGAAUCGCAGCACCAUAGACGGGGACCAUAUAGAACCUAGAUCGGGGCGAACUUUCAAGGGCAAUCCGACCGUCUAGUCGCCGGCACUGCCGGCGUCGACCUGUAACAUUACCCAAGGCGAUUCAUCCUUC